AUGCCUAAGAAGGGUGGCAAGAAGAAGAACAAGGGUGGCGCCAAGGCCCCCGUCGCCGCUGCUGUCGACAAGGUCGCCGAUACUGCGAAGCAUAUUGUUCACCCCGACCAUGAGGCCGAGAAGGCCGAGACCAACACCGCACAGACUGAUGCGCCUGCCGCUGAUGUGAAGAAGACCGAUGCUGCUGCCACACCCGCCACCACCAACGCCACUGAGUCUGAAUCCAAGAAGGUCGAGGAGAAGGUUGCGCCCGCCGCUGUCGCAGAGAAGGUCGAUGCUCUGAAGCCCGAAGCCGAGGAGAAGCGUAAGAAUCGAUCUGUCAAGUCAAUUGCGCGAACUCAAGCUAACCAACCGCCCAUCGCAGCUGUCCUCCCUGAGAGCACUGUCAAGGAAACCUCCCCUGGCGCAGAGAUCUAUCCCUCCACCAGCGAAGCCGCCGCUGAGGAGUCGGCCACUUCUACCGCUGCCGCGACCGGAGCCGCUGCCCCCAUCUCCAGCUCGACCGAGCGACCCAAGACCGCCGAGUCGGCCACCGUCGCCGCCGCCGACCCCGUUGCCGCCGCAGUCCCCUCGGAAAGCGAUGCCGCCCACACCAAGCGCCCGUACGAGAAGCCCAUCUUCUCCAACGACGAGGUGAAGCCGCACAAGAUCGCCAAGACUGAGGAGGAGAAGGCAGCUGCCAGCGCCGCGGCCGAGAAGCAGAACCUGACUCUGACUGGUGCUGGUCCCGCCUCCACUGCCGAUUACACUGCUCCCGAGCCCGUGCCUGUCCCCGAGACCAAGAAGGUCGAGGAAAAGCCCGCCGAGAAGCAGGCCGAGAAGCCCAAGGCCGUGGAGAAGCCCACCCUGGUCCAGCCCCCUGCUACUCAGGCGCCCAUCUCCAAGUCUUCCACAGCUACCGAUAAGCAGCCCGCCUCGCCUGACGCGGUCGCCGCUGCUAACGCUGCCAUAAACACCUCCAAGACUGACAAGUCUGCCGCGCAGGCUCCGGUCGUCGCUGAAGAGCCCAAGAAGCCCGAGGCUGCUUUCAAGCGCGGCGAGGAGCCCGCCACCGAGGCACCCAAGACUGAGGCUAAGGAGUCUGCUCAAGAACCCGCCAAGGCGAAUGAGGAGACCAAGGCCGACCAAGCUACUGAGCAGCAGCAACCCGAGAAGAAGAAGGGUGGUUUCUUCGGCUGGUUGAAGCGGAAGUUCAAGUAG